AUGGCACGGAAAGUUGGCUUUGGAUCAAAGAGAUGGCGGUCAACCGCAAAGAGGGAAGCACAAAAAUCACGCACAGUUAAGAUGCUGCCCAAGGCAAAGCGUGACUACAUUGUGGACGAUAGGCCCUCACAACGUAAGAAGGGUUCUACCAGCUGCAAUGUGGCUUUGACAAAGGCAAAAUACGAAAACAUUCCAGGGACUCGAGUACAGUCUGCAGCAGGUGGUCGACACGUGCGCGUUGUCAUACAGGAUGGGAAAAGCUUCGAUCCUAGCAACGUCUCUGGUGCCAGGCGACAUUUGAAGAAGCUGGCAGAAGAAGCAGCCGAGCUGGCUCGCAUUCAUGGUGGCGAGGCUAGAAAUGCUCUAGCGAAAACUGCCGCAGAAGCAGCAUCGAAAGCAAGCAAUCAGAGGCAAGGCUUUCUCCGUUAA